CCCUAAACGCUUAAGACAAGUCAAUAUAUAAUAUAAUGUCUGAACUUCAAUCCUCUCUGCAACUUCCUGUGUUAGACUUAACACAACCAAUUGAAUCCUCUGUUUUGUCUUCUCUCUCUCAGGCUUGUAAAGAGUGGGGGUUCUUCUAUGUCACAAAUCAUGGAAUCUCUAAAGAGAUGUUCAGCAAAACAUGUUCCUUGUCAAGAGAUGUGUUCAAAUUUCCCCUUGAAUCAAAGCUUAAGCUUGGUCCCUUAACGUAUACUCCUCGGAACAUAGCAUCUCCUUAUUUCGAAAGCCUUGUUGUCUCUGGACCUGAUUUCUCCAGUUCUGCCAAAGAUUCUGAAGAUGUUUUGUUCCAAGAUCAUCAUAAGCCAGAGUUAACAGAAACACUGCAAGAAUACGGAGAUAAAAUGGCAGAAUUGUCCAAAAGACUCGUGAAGAUUCUCUUGAUGGUGACCUUAGGGGAGGACACAGGGAAGAGAUUCUACCAAACUGAGUUUAGCAACUGUCAUGGAUACUUAAGGCUAGUAAACUACACACCCCCACAUGACGUGGAGGAGCAAGAAGAGCUCGUUGAAGGUCUCGGGAUGCACACGGAUAUGAGCUGCAUAACAAUAGUCUACCAAGAUUCCGUUGGCGGGCUACAGAUGAGGUCUAAGGAAGGGAAAUGGAUCGAUAUAAAUCCGUGCGAGGAUCUGCUUGUUGUUAACAUUGGAGAUCUUAUGCAAGCAUGGAGUAACGGAAGGCUGAGAUCGUCUGAACAUCGAGUUGUAUUGAGAAAAUUGGUGAACAGAGUCUCUCUGGCGUUUUUUCUCUGUUUUGAGGAUGAUAAAGUGAUACUUGCACCUCAAGAAAUCGUGGGUGAUGGAAACUGUAGGAGCUACAAGUCGUUUAAGUGUUCGGAGUAUCUUAAUUUCAGACAGAGUAAUGAAGUAGGGAAGUUUGAGAAGAUUGGUUACACUGUCAAAGACUUUGCUGGACUUAAGCUGGCUCAACCAGAUGAUCUUUAGACCAAGCUGGUGUUAGUUGUUGUGAGUGUCAUGCAAUAUAUUAUUAACUAGUGGAAUCCAAAGCUACUUUUGGAUUUAGAUUUGUGUAUUAAAAAUGUUUUGAGUCAUUCUAUUACCAUCUAAAGUAAUGUUUCAGAUGUUUUUUUGA